AAGUUAAGCUGUAACCUGAAUUAGUCAAUUCAAAACGUAUUUUCCUGGCAAAUAGUUGCGACAAAUCAUGGGUGUCGUGAGACAUGUCGUGUGCGCGAUGUCUGGGGGAGUUGACAGCUCUGUAACGGCUUUGUUACUCAGAAGAAGAGGGUACCACGUUACUGGAGUGUUUAUGAAGAACUGGGAUUCCCUGGAUGAGAAUGGGGUGUGUUCAUCCGAAAAGGACUGUGAAGAUGCCUACAAAGUGUGCCAGAAUCUGGACAUACCUUUCCAUCAAGUAUCCUACGUCAAAGAGUACUGGCACGAAGUGUUCACCAAUCUUUUGAAGGAAUAUGAGAAGGGCAGGACACCAAAUCCAGACAUUCUGUGCAACAAACACAUCAAAUUCAACCACUUCUACAAUUAUGCCAUCAACGGCUUGGGAGCUGAUGCCAUGGCGACAGGCCACUAUGCCAGGACAUCUCAGGAGGAUGAAGAUGUCUUCAAACAGAGGCAUGUGGCUCCUCCCCCUAAACAUGUCUUCAGAGACCGCUUUGAGAUCCGGAACCCGGUGAGGUUGUACCAGGGAGCGGACCGUUUUAAGGACCAGACAUUCUUCCUCAGCCAGAUUUCUCAGGAUGCUUUGCGGCGUACAGUCUUUCCCCUGUCGGGACUCACCAAAGACUACGUGAAGAAGAUUGCAGCCGAGGCCGGCUUCCAACACGUCCUGAAGAAGAAAGAGAUUACAUCUUACGAAGUCAGUUGUAUUUUUUCCGUGGACUGUGUGGCAACACUGAAUAUCAUCUGUUUCCAGAGUAUGGGCAUCUGCUUUAUUGGAGAAAGGAAAUUUGAGGAUUUCAUUCUAGAGUAUUUAGAGCCAAAACCGGGGAACUUUGUCUCCAUUGAGGAUGGCAAGAUCAUGGGGGAACAUCAAGGUUGGUUCACCCUGACACUAGGCCAAAGGGCGAGGAUUGGUGGGCAGAGGGAUGCAUGGUUUGUUGUGGACAAAGACAUUACUACUGGAGAAGUGUUUGUGGGUCCGACCACCAAUCACCCGGCUCUAUUCAGAGACACGGUACGAACAGAUCGUUUCCAUUGGAUAACGGAGGACCCUCCCACGGAGCUGAUCCAGACUAAGAUGAUGGAGUGUCACUUCCGCUUCAUCCACCAGAUGCCUCUCACCCCUUGCACUGUGACCUUGAACAUGGAUGGCUCUGUGUGGAUCAUGCUGUCUCAGCCGAUCAGAGCACUCACACCAGGACAGUUUGCAGUGCUGUACAAGGGGGAUGAGUGCCUGGGAAGUGGGAAGAUCGUCCGUCUGGGCCCCACAGAGCACACUCUCCAACAGGGGCGAGACCGCAUGAAGGAAGCCCCUGUGGCCAAGGAGAGGACUCCGGAACCAGCCAGCUGAGCCUGAGAAAGACUUCCUAGAAACAGACCUAAGCCCAGGCCUAUCCACUGUCGAUAUGGACCUAACCUUACAUUGCAGACUUCAGUGGACAAGACUACUGUACUUCCACAAGCCUUACCCCAUUCUCUGAACCUCUACUAAAGAACAGAAGAGCACACUGAUCAUGCUUUCGGACCUGUCCACUCGUCAUAAAACACACACUCAAACUUCCUCUGUACUGUUGCCCUGAGUUGAUACUUCUUCCUAUUAGGUUACUUGUGAUGUACAUCAUUAUUUGAUAGUGUGUACUGUGUACAAUCAUGCACAUGGUAAUUCAUUGUCUAAUUAAUUUAUUUGGACAGGUUAUUACAAAAUGUGAAAUGCAUAUUAAAAAGUGUAUGGCUUUUGUGAAAAUCCAAAUAAGUCGAGUGCCUGUUCCUUUGGUGCCAUUUCACCUAAGCACAUUUUGGAUUGAACUGCAUUCUUUUCAACUACUACAAAAUAUGCAAUAUGUAAAUAGAGAAUAACUUGAAUUCAGAACUGAAGAGCAAGUGAUUAAACUUACGAUUGUUUUAAAUUA